AUGGGCAAGAAGAACAAGAAGUCCGCCGAGCACAAGGAGCGUGUAGCAGCGAAACAGAAUAAGAAGGCUGCUCAAAAGGAGAAGAAGGGCAAGGGCAAGGGCAAGGACGCCGACAGUGAUGUCGAGGAUGCUGAUUUGGACGCCAUCCUUGCGCAGUAUGCUGAGGAACAAGCGAAGUUCAUGAAGGUCACUGAGGUAGUGGGAGGGCCGCCGACACCACGGUCGUCUGCAACUGUUCUGGCUUCUCCUUCCAAUCGCAACGAAUUGUUGGUAUUUGGUGGAGAAUACUUUGAUGGAAAUCUUGCUACCUUUUUCAACAACCUCUUCGUUUACAAUAUCGAUCGUGCGGAGUGGAAAGAAGUCACCAGUCCUAAUAGUCCGCUCCCUCGCAGUGGACAUGCUUGGUGCCGUGGUGGCAAUACGGGAGGUGUCUAUCUGUUCGGUGGAGAGUUCUCUUCGCCCAAGCAGGGUACCUUCUAUCACUACAACGACUUCUGGCACCUUGAUCCCUCUACAAGGGAAUGGACCCGUCUGGACUCGAAGGGCAAGGGUCCUCCAGCCAGAAGUGGUCACAGAAUGACUUACUACAAGAACUACAUUAUCCUCUUUGGAGGUUUCCAGGACACCUCCCAACAAACCAAGUAUCUCCAAGACUUGUGGAUCUACGACUGUUCCAAGUACACAUGGUUCAACCCCACGCUUUCAACCGCAUCCCAGAAGCCCGAUCCUCGGUCUUCUUUCUCCUUCUUGCCGCACGAAAGCGGUGCCG